AGAAGUAGAAGUAGAAGUAGCAGCAGCAGCACAGCCCCAGCACAGCCCCUCUAUCUAUCUAUCUAUCUAUCUAUCUAUCUAUCUAUCUAAAUAUUAGGGUUUCUUUGGUAGUAGUAGUAGCAGUAGUAGAAGAAGGAGAAGGCGAAGAAGAAAAAGAAGAGGCGGCGGCAGCAGCAGUAGUAGCGGUAGCUGCUUUGUAUACAGACUGCGAAACAGAUCAAAUAUUGCGUAUUUUCAAAGAAUAUUUGUCAUUGAAUCUGCGAGAUGAAACACAACUCCAGCGUCCCGGCUUUCCUCACCAAGUUGUGGACGCUGGUCGAGGAUGCAGACACCAAUGAAUUUAUUUGCUGGAGUCAGGAGGGUAACAGCUUCCUAGUGUUGGACGAGCAGCGAUUUGCCAAGGAGAUCCUCCCGAAGUUCUUCAAGCACAACAACAUGGCCAGUUUCAUCAGGCAGCUCAAUAUGUAUGGAUUCCGUAAAGUGAUGCACAUUGACGCAGCCAUUGUGAAACAGGAGAGGGAUGGUCCAGUGGAGUUUCAGCACCCCUACUUCAAACAUGGACAGGAUGACCUGCUGGAGAACAUCAAGAGGAAGGUUUCUAACACUCGGCCAGAGGACAGUAAGAUUCGACAGGAAGACCUGACCAAGAUCUUGGCAAAUGUUCAGAGUGUUCACAGCAAACAGGAGAACAUUGAUGCCAGACUAGCAACACUCAAGAGGGAGAAUGAAGCUCUGUGGAGGGAGAUCUCAGAUCUGAGACAGAAACAUGCUCACCAACAACAACUUAUCAAAAAGCUGAUACAUUUCAUCGUCACAUUGGUACAGAACAACCGCAUCUUGAAUUUAAAGCGCAAAAGGCCAGUUCUCAUGAACAGCAGUGGAAAGAAGCCCAAAUACAUUCAUCAGAUCUAUGAUGAGAAAGUGUGUGUGGAACAGUCAUCAGUCAACACUGUCAGUGGUGUGAAGGGCUCAGAGAUUUCAGAUGAGGUUAUCAUCUGUGAUUUGACUGAAAAUGAUGUUGAAGUGACAGCUGAGAUCGCAGAUGGGUCACCCAAAGCCUACGAGCAAAGUGAUGUAGAAAUCGUGGAAGUAGAAUUGGAAAGCUGUACAGUGCUGCCAGCUGAGACAGAGGUGAGCGCCACCUUCACAGGUGACAUCAAACAGUCAGGAACUGGUGUAGCAGCAGAUGACAGCCAGCGGAGCAGACCUUCAGACAGCAGUGGAAUAACCAGCAGUGCCCUGCAGCUCAACAAACCCUCAGGCCUGGCUUUGGAGGACCCUGUCAAGAUGAUGGACUCUAUACUCAAUGAGACUGGAACAAUAUCACAGAAUAUUAACUUGCUGGGCAAGGUGGAGCUGAUGGACUAUCUUGACAGUAUUGAUUGCAGUCUAGAGGACUUCCAGGCCAUGCUUUAUGGAAAACAGUUUGGCAUUGAUUUUGAUCCCCUACAGGAGUGUGUGUCCUCCAAAGAAAACACUGCACACCUAAAUACAGGCAGGACAGAGGAAAACAAUACAGAUAAGCAGCUGAUCCAGUACACCUCUUGUCCUAUGCUGGCCUUCCUCGAUGGCUACACCCUUUCUCCAGAAGUGGAUCUGGGCACUGGCUCUUCAAACACCCACGUCCAGCCCUCUUCCAGCUCCUGUGCUUCUGUGGGGACUGAUCCACUCUCAGAACUUCUAGACACCAGCCUGGAAUCGAAGAAGCAAGCUCACAGUUCCCUGAUCCGUCUGGAGCCUCUGACAGAGGCAGAGGCCAGCGAAGAGACACUAUUCUACUUGUGUGAACUAAGUCCCGCUGAGCCUGAAGCUGACUCCACUCAGAUGGAUAGAGUGUGAGCAGGGACUGAAGUGUAGUGACAAUGAUACCACUCAUACUGAUGUUGUUUCGAAACAGACUAUAUCCAUCUACUCUCCAGAUCAUACUGAUUUUGUGUGUUAAUAUUUCCUCACCUUUCUGGCCUAAGAUGUGUGUUUGUCGAGAAGGCUUAACUGAAAUAAAGAAAGCACUGGGCUGGUGAAAGAAUA